CACCGUAUAAAUAGGGCAGGAGACCGGAGUGCCGAGGACUUGCCGCUGCGCGCGCCCCGCCGCCGCCGCCCCCCGGCCCCAGCAUCCCAGGCGUCCCGGCUAUGGCUCGUCCGGUGCUCUUGCUCAGCCUCGGCCUCCUGGCCGGCCUGCUGCCGGCACUGGCCGCCUGCCCCCAGAACUGCCAUUGCCACGGCGACCUGCAGCACGUCAUCUGCGACAAGAUGGGGCUGCAGAAGAUCCCCAAGGUGUCAGAGAAGACCAAGCUGCUCAACCUACAACGCAACAACUUCCCAGUGCUGGCCGCCAACUCGUUCCGGGCCAUGCCCCAACUCGUAUCGCUGCACCUGCAGCACUGCCAGAUCCGGGAGGUGGCCGCAGGCGCCUUCCGGGGCCUCAAGCAGCUCAUCUACCUGUACCUGUCCCAUAACGACAUCCGUGUGCUGCGCGCUGGCGCCUUCGAUGACCUGACAGAGCUCACCUACCUCUACCUGGACCACAACAAGGUGACCGAGCUGCCCCGGGGGCUGCUCUCCCCGCUGGUCAACCUCUUCAUCCUGCAGCUCAACAACAACAAGAUCCGCGAGCUGCGGGCCGGCGCCUUCCAGGGCGCCAAGGACCUGCGCUGGCUCUACCUGUCGGAAAACGCGCUCACUUCGCUGCAGCCCGGUGCCCUGGACGACGUGGAGAACCUUGCCAAGUUCUUCCUGGACGGGAACCAGCUGUCCAGCUACCCCUCGGCCGCCCUAAGCAAGCUGCGGGUGGUGGAGGAGCUGAAGCUGUCCCACAAUCCCCUGAAGAGCAUUCCUGACAGUGCCUUCCAGUCUUUCGGCAGAUACCUGGAGACCCUGUGGCUGGACGACGCCAACCUGGAGAAGGUCUCGGACGGUGCCUUCCUGGGGGUGACCACGCUGAAACACAUUCACUUGGAAAACAACCGCCUGACGCAGCUGCCCUCCAACUUCCCCUUUGACAGCCUGGAGACCCUCACCCUCACCAACAAUCCGUGGAAAUGCACCUGCCAGCUCCGGGGUCUUCGGAGGUGGCUGGAAGCCAAGACUUCCCGCCCUGAUGCCACUUGUGCCUCACCCGCCAAGUUCAAAGGCCAGCAUAUCCGUGACACCGACGCCUUCCGCGGCUGCAAGUUCCCCACCAAGAGAUCCAAGAAAGCCGGCCGCCACUGAACAGGUCCUGACCCAGCCGGUCCUGGCGACCGGCCUCUUCCUUCAGCCGGAGAAACUACUGACCUUCCCACCUCUGACCCCCACCUUCUCCCCACAGCCUCUGCUGAUGCACAGAGCUGUCCAAACCUAGACACGUCCUGGCGGGGGGCCUCGGGCACUCCAGCACGAACCCGGCUCCCCCCGGCGGUGAGAGCUCCAUCAGGCCUGGCCCCACCGCCACGGCUCCUCUCAAAGAAGCUAUUGCCAAGACCCCAAGUCCCUCAGAACCAGAACAGGGGGGCCAUCGGGAUGGCCCCCCCUCCUUCCCGAAUCCUCCUUCCCUUUGCUCCCCUUACCGUGCCGUUUGGAAACAAAUACCAGAUCUUUGCCCCACCCCUUUCUUCCAGAAAGGGCCCAAGUUCGCCAGCCCCCUGCCUGCCAGGACACUCUAGGGAGACACUGGUGCUUUGCCGCAUACCCUCCCGUGCUGCCCUCCCCUUCCAGAUUUCCGUAAAUAUAAAUGUAUGUAUGUGUAAUAUUUA